AUGUACUUUGAUGGCGUUGCACAUCGCGGAAGAGCUGGUACUGGUGUAGUAUUUGUCACCUCUCAAGGUGAAGUUCUGCCCUACUCUUUUAUGUUAACGCAACUUUGCUCUAACAACGUUGCUGAGUAUCAAGCACUAAUACUUGGGCUUGAAAUAGAUGUCGAAAUGAAGUGGUUGCAAUUGCAAGUCUUUGGUGACUCUCAGUUGGUGAUCAACCAGCUUUUAGGUAGUUACGAGGUAGCACCGCCACCAAAUGAGGCUGGAAGUGAAGAAAAUGAUCUCAAGCAUAUUCUCACGGUUUCUGAAGCUGAGAAAGAAGAAUGGCGACAACCCAUAUCGACUACUUAA